CCUCUUACUUCAGAGCAGAUUAAACACAAUAUAAAUAAGUUAAAAGGAAAACUUGCUAAACCGGUUGAAGAAAUGGUACCCCCAACAAUACCUCGAGGCAUAACAGAAGAAUGUAAAGGUGGCAAUAAGCUUAACGAAGUUGCGUUAAAAAUUCUUGAUACGUUGAAAAGUGUUUGGUGCAAUCCAGCUUUUGGUCCUGAAUUUGUUGAAACGAUGAAUGAGGGUACCUAUGUUAAUAAU